CUGCGGCGGGACGCGCUGAGUGCCGCCAAGGAGGUGCUGUACCACCUCGACAUCUACUUCAGCAGCCAGCUGCAGAACGCCCCGCUGCCCCUCGUCGACAAGGGCCCGGCCGAGCUCCUGGAGGAGUUCCUCUUCCAGGUCCCCAAGGAGCGCGGCGCUCCGCCCAAGAGAUUGAAUUCACUUCAGGAACUUCAGCUCCUUGAGAUCAUGUGCAAUUAUUUCCAAGAGCAGACCAAGGAUUCAGUCCGGCAGAUCAUCUUCUCAUCUCUCUUCAGCCCUCAAGGAAACAAAGCAGAUGACAGCAGGAUGGCUUUAUUAGGAAAGCUGGUUUCCAUGGCAGUGGCUGUGUGCAGAGUUCCUGUUCUGGAGUGUGCUGCCUUCUGGCUGCAGCGAACUCCUGCCGUGUACUGCGUGAGGCUAGCCCGAGCCUUGGUCGAUGACUACUGCAACUUGGUGCCAGGGUCCAUCCAGACACUGAAACAGAUAUUCAGUGCCAGUCCUCGCUUCUGCUGCCAGUUCAUUACAUCUGUCACAGCUCUCUAUGACCUCUCUUCAGAUGACCUCAUCCCUCCUUCGGAUCUGCUCGAGUUGAUUGUUUCCUGGAUCUUUGAAGACCCCCGCUUGAUCCUCAUCACCUUUCUAAAUACUCCUAUUGCAGCCAACCUGCCAAUAGGGUUUUUAGAGCUCACCCCACUGACUGGACUGAUCCGUUGGUGUGUGAAGGCCCCCUUGGCUUAUAAAAGGAAGAAGAAAGCCUCUCUCUCAAAUGGACAUCCUCCCAGCAAAAUUGCCAAGGACUCGGCUUCAGGAGAAGACAGAGAUUGCCAUCAGCUGUAUUCAAAACUGCAUCUAAGUGUCCUGCAGGUUCUUAUGAUGCUUCAGGGGCAUUUAACGGAGAAGAACCUUUAUGGGCGCCUGGGGCUAGUACCCUUUGACCACGUGGUUCCACUUGUUGAGGAAAUUAACAGACUAUCUGAUGAACUCAAUCCUCUCAAUGCAUCCAAAGAGAUUGAACUGGCUCUAGACAGACUGGCUCAGGCUUUGCAAGUGGCCAUGGCAUCGGGAGCACUACUGUGCACUAGAGAUGACUUGAGAACUGUGUGCUCCAGGCUACCGCAUAACAAGUAAGAGACCUUUCUACAGCUGUGUUGGUUUUGAAGCAUAUUCUAAGACACACACUUGAGGGCUGCUGAGACAAAAUCUCUAAAA